AUGGACAACGAGGAAGUAUUUGCUCUCCCAGAUCAUUUGGUUGACCAUGACUACUUCCUGCCAGUUGUAUAUGAAGAUGAUCAUAUACUGCGUGAAGAAGAAGUAGAGGAAUUGGUAGAAGAAGAAGAAGUAGAAGAAUUGGACGAAGAAGAGGAAGAGGAAGAGGAACCAAUUGUCAGAGUGUCGGAAACAUACAGAUUGAUUCCUGGGGUUCAUAACCGAUCGAGGAUAUAUGUUGACAACUUGGGAUUCAAGUAUUACAAACGAGAAACUAAAGGACAACGCGUGUAUUUAGUAUGCGAACGGCAGAAGCAACGGAACCAGUACUGCCCUUCCACUGCAACUGUUAGUGCAAAUUUGAACGACAACAGAAUUCGUCUAGGGUUCUACCACGACCAUCCGCCCAGAGUGAUCGACCUGAAUGUGCUGUUUUUGAGGGAAACCAUAGGUGAAAGAGGAAUUGAUCCAGCAGUUACAACAUCAUUUAUGAGAACUUUGUACAACAACGAAAUUAUCAACCAUCCAGAAGCAGCUCCUAACUACACAUUUAUUCAGGCUCAAGAACGAGUGAAAAAGAUGAGACGUAGAAGAUUCCCAGCGCAACCCCUUGAUAUUGGACAACUUGCAGUGGCACUGAAUGAAGCACGAAAUGCCAUUUACGCUCUUACAGUUCAAAAUCCUCCAUCUAGGUUCUUUCAACAAGCAUUGGUCGUCAAUGAAAGGAGUGUUGGUGUGAUCUUUGCGAACAUGGAUGCAGUCAACAAAUACAGAGAAGAAUUGGCCACUGUGACAUUGGUUGGGAUUGAUGGGACGUUCAAGACUGUGCCUCGUGUUCCAGCAGAUUUGAAAUGUCUCCUUACUAUCCAGGUGGUUUUCAAAAGUGUAUCCUUUCCAAUGGUCUAUGCUCUACUGGGGAGCAUGACUGAAGAAGUCUAUGCGGCUCUGUUUGAUAUUGUAAGAAAUAUUUUACCUUUGAAUUAUCAACGUGUUUGUUUUAUUACAGAUUAUGAAAAAGCUCUGAUGUCAGCCGUUCAACAAUCAUUUCCGGAAAGCCAAUUGAGAUGUUGUUGGUUCCAUUUUACUCAGUCAAUUGUACGGUAUUGUCACCGAAGGAUGAACAGUGUUUGUAAUUUAAUCCGUACGAACCCAGUAGCUGCUCGAGUUCUCAGAAUGGUUUUGGCAUUACCUCACCUACCCGCAACCAGGAAUGACCCGCGCUGUCCAUUUUCCAUGGAAGAUGGUUUCGAUGCCAUCAUGGACUACACAAGACAAUUUCCUCCAAUUGAACAAGGCAUGAGAAACUUUCUAAUUGGGUAUGUGCAAUAUUUUUGGUUGUUACAGGUCGGUCCAGGUUUAAUCAGUUGUUUUGGAGAAGAAUAUAGAACCAACAACUACUUGGAGUCUUUCCAUUCUACACUUCUAACCCAAAUGCAAAGACAUCCCAAUAUAUGGAAUUUUAUUCAAAAACUGACUGUCCUUGAAAAUCAGUAUUUCGUUGAAUUUGAUCAAGCCAGAAGAAACCUAAGGAUUAGAGAUCAAGCAUCACGGAGGGAACGAGAGAACACUACCACUGUGUUAGCAGGUUAUGUGCAACAACUCAACAGAGAUGAAGACCUCACAGGAUUUUUGAGAAGGGCUGGACACCGCAAUGAUGGAUACGUACAAGGCAUAAUCGGACCAUAUCCACAAGAUCAGUGA